AUGGCAACCUUCAAGAUGAAUCUUGGUCCCUUGUUUUUGGUGGCUCUCAUGGUCCUGGCUACUAUUGUGUCCCCAUGCCAUGCGAACAAUGAGAUACAUGCAGAUGCAAUACGACUACCUGCAAGUUGCUAUCCAAUGAAGUUUUCUAAAUGCACUAACAAGGCAUGCUACAAGUAUUGCAUAAACCCCAGAGGCCACUGCAUAGAUGUUGAUUAUUGUUGUUGCCCUAUGGACUGA